AUGGAAUCAAUGUUAUUAUAUUCAACAUCACUUCUCUUUGCUUUAUAUAUUCCUUCUUUUUCUGUUCUUUUUUUUUUUCUCAUCAUUUCAAACACAACCCUGUCCUUGUACCCAAAAAAAACAAAAGCCAUGGAGAUUGUCACUUCUGUUGGUGGGAAGGUAGCUGACAACGUGUUUGCAGCUGCUGGUGAUCAACUUGGUUAUUUGUUUCACUACAAUGACAACGUUGAAAAAUUGAAAAAGCAAGCUGAGAAGCUGAGGGAUAGCAGAGACAUGGUGCAAAAGAAAAUCGAAUCUGCUAAAAGAAAUGGAGAGAUCAUCUCUGAUUUUGUUCAAAAGUGGUUAGCUGAAGUUGAUGAUGUUUCUGCAAAGGCUGAAAAGUUUUUGGAAGAUGAAGGCAAAGCCAACAAGAGGUCCCUCAAGGGGUGGUGGAUUAAUCUCGGCCAACGUUAUCGAUUCAGUAUGGAGGCAAAAAAGCAUACUCUGGCGAUUUCUGAUCAGCUUCAAGAAUUGGGAAAUCUUGUAAAUGUGUCUUGUUCUGCUCCCCCAUCUGGAAUUAUAACUUCAUCUGAGGUAUUUAAUUCUAGCAUAUUCGAAUCUAGAAAUUCAUUUAAGAAGGAAGUUAUGAAGGCCUUAAUUGAUGCUAACAAUGUCAACAAAAUUGGAAUAUGUGGGAUGGCGGGCAUCGGUAAAACCACACUAGUUAAAGAAAUCGGCCACCAAGUGAAAAAAGCCAAGGUGUAUGAUGCUGUAGCGAUGGCGAUUGUCUCCCGAACCUCCAACAUUAUGAAGAUUCAAGGCGAGAUUGCUGAUAUGUUAGGUUUAAAAUCUCUUCCAACAGAUUCUGAAUUAGAAAGAGCAAGUUUAUUGUGGUAUAGAAUCAAGAAAGAGAAGCGGGUACUCAUAAUAUUAGACGAUGUUUGGGAGAUAAUUAAAUUGGGUGAGAUCGGUAUUCCCUUUGGGAUUGACCAUAGAGGUUGUAAAAUUUUAAUCACCUCUCGAAGUGGAGACGUAUGUAAUAGAAUGGGUUGCCAAAAGAUAUAUACGGUUGAAAUUUUAUCUAAACAAGAAUCUUGGGAGCUUUUUAGCAAGAUUGCGGGCACAAUUGUUGAAAAUUCUGAUAUCAACCCAACUGCAAGAGAGGUAACUACUCAAUGUGGGGGAUUGCCACUUGCAAUUGUGACAAUAGCAGCAACUUUAAAAGAUAAGAACAAGCAUGAGUGGAGGAAUGCAAUAAGACAACUAAAAAUGUCUACCCCUUCAAGCAUCCCAGAAUUAGAGAGAGAAGUCUUUUCAUCUUUGGAAUUUAGCUUCAAUUACCUAGAAAACGAGACAAAAUCACUUUUUUUGUUUUGUAGCUUAUUUCCAGAGGAUUACAAAAUUCCUGUUGAAGAUUUGGCUAGAUAUUGGACAGGUUUGAAGUGGUUUGGAGAUACUCUUGAGGCAAUUGAGGAUGUCAGAAACAAGGUUCAUGCUAUUGUAAGUACCAUAACCUCUUCUUUUCUCUUGAUUGAAGAAAGUAAAAUGUAUGUAAAAAUGCAUGAUGUUAUUCGUGAUUUUGCAAUAGCUAGAGCUCCUAGAUGCAACUACAAGUGCAUGGUAAGUGGUGCAUGGGGACAUAGGGAUACAUUUGAAGAUUUCACAUGUAUCUCAUUAGUGGGAAAUUAUAUUGGGGAGCUACCGAAUGGGUUGGAACACCCAAAAUUGGAGGCUUUAUUGUUACAGGAAAAUAAAAGUUUUGUUGUCCCUAGUAGUUUCUUUGAGAAAAUACCAAAUCUCAAAGUUUUAAACUUGGGACGAACAUACAUUGAGACAUUGUCUGAUUCACUUUCAUUUCUCACAAAUCUUAGAACAUUAGAUGUUAGUGCUUCCAAGUUGGUUGAUCUAUCAGUAAUUGGGAGGCUAAGCAAACUUGAAAUUCUUUCUCUUUUUGAUUCUAAACUUGUUAAGGAGAUCCCUUUAUCCUUUAGUCAGUUAACUAACCUCAGGUUGUUAGAUUUGAAUAAUAUGGAUUUAGAACUUAUACCUUGUGGUGUUAUAUCUUCUCUUCAAAAGUUAGAGGAGUUGUACGUUAAUCAUUUUGUUAAAUGGGAAUCUGAAAAUGGUAGCAAUGCCAAACUUGUUGAAUUAGAAGCCUUGUCCCGAUUGACUAGCUUACAUAUUUUUAUUCCAAGUAAGCUUGAUUUGUCACCAAAUUUCUUGUCAUUCAAAAGACUGUCCAACUUUACCUUAGUAAUAAGUCAUAGUCCACUUAUUUGGGGUGAAUCUCGAUUUCAAAAAUAUUUGAGUAAAGUGUUGUACUCAAGAAAUAUGGAGAUCACAGGGACUAACAUUUCAAUGAUAUAUGAUGAGUUUAGAAGUUUGGUCAAAAGAACUGAAAGUCUAACUUUAGAGAAUAUUGUUGAUUUAGAGAGAUUUAGUAAUGACCUAAUUGAAGAAGUGUUCAGUGAAUUAAAGUAUCUCCGGAUCAAAGAUUGUGAUAAGAUAAGGUAUCUCUUCAACACAUUGGAAUGGACACCAAACUCAACUUUCCACAAUUUAGAGGAAUUGCAUAUUAGGGAUAAUUCCAACCUUGUUGAACUAUGUCAUGGACAGCCUCUUGCUCAGUCUUUCUGUAAACUAAAAGUUUUAAAAGUGCAUAGAUGCGACGUGUUGCUAAAUAUUGCACCAAGUUAUUUGCUACAGAGGUUUCAAAAUCUUCAAACUCUUAGAGUGAAAAGGUGUAGAUCAUUGAUGUAUAUAUUUGAUUGUGAAAAGAUUGAGAUUGCAAAGGGCGAAACCAAGUUACUUUCAUCAUUAGAGUAUCUGUAUUUGGAAUCUUUGGAAGAGAUGUCACAUAUAUGGAGGGGUGACCAUCAAUCCAUAAGCCUCCACAACUUGAAGAGUGUAGAACUGAUCUUUUGCUCCAAGAUAAUAAAACUAUUUUCACCAACUCUACUCCAAAGUCUUAUUUGUUUGGAAGAAAUAGAUAUAAAUUUCUGCUAUAAUUUAAAGGAGAUUUUUGAGAUGAAAGAAGCGGAGGAUGUAGAGUUAGAUCACAACAUAACCUCCCCAUGCUUGGGAAACCUGACUUCUAUAGAUAUAAAUACUUGUAAUAAUUUAGAAAUCCUCUUCACUCCCUCAAUUGCUAAACUCUUGGUGAAGCUCAGAAGUCUUGAGGUAAGGCACUGCUCUAAAAUACAAGAAAUAAUCACAAAUGAGAAAGGAGAAAAAGAAAAGCCAUCUGCGAGCAUUGUGUUUCCUAGUUUGGUCCACUUGCAACUUGAAUAUCUACGAAACCUCACUUGUUUUAGCUUUGGGCCAUAUACUAUUGAAUUCCCAAAAUUGGAAAGAUUGGAGAUAUAUGAAUGUGGAAAAAUGAAGACCUUCGGUUUUGGAGAGCAAGUGACACCCAACCUUAAAGAAGUGUUUUUUAGCAAAGAUUUUCCCGAAGAAGGUACUGGACGUUGGAAUGGCGACCUCAAUACCACAAUGGAAGAGUUUUUCAAUGAACAGGCACAAAAGGCUGCUGCAAGGAGAACGAAAUACAAAAGGCCGUUGCUGCAAGGAGACCAAAUUAAAGUAUGAUAGUGAAAUGAAAAUGGGGCUGCAAGAGAACCUGUUGCUAAGUCUUGAAAGUGAAAAAGAAGAAGAAGAAGAAGAAGAAGAAUAGGCUACUUAUUAGGAUGUCAAUACAUCUUUUACAUGUGUACAAUUGUACAUAUAUUAAUUACCAACAUUAAUGGUGUGUGUGCAUGUUUUUAUAUGUAUUCUAUGUAAUUCAUGCAUAAUCUUCUUCUUGUUUCCUUUCUUUUUUGUUUUUUUUGGGUAUUGUAUUUAGUUUUAUUGGAGAGGUAAGGCUCAUUAUGUCCCCCUCUGUCUAGGUGUCAAUUUUUUUUUUCAAUCAAUA